AUGCAAACAUAUAUUGAAAAAACCGCAAAUCAACCUUAUUCCACAAAUCCAAUUUUAAGCAACUCAGGUAAUAUCAUAACACCUAAAUACAAUAUAUAAAUUGAUAAGAUUGCAGGUAUUUUUUAUGGAUUCACAGGAUUUGAAAUGACUAUAAAUGGUUAAGUAUACAGAAUUAACCUUUUUGCGAAAUAAAUUGCGUUUGAUUCUGGUUAACAGACAAAUACUAUUCAAUUAUAAUAUGAAACUUGGGACGAUACUUUAGUAUUAGCAGCAUAAAGUCAGAUAUUAGUAUUUGCAUAAAUAAACUGCAACAAAAAUGGUACUUAUUUUAUAGAUGAUUAAAGAACAUGUACUUAAAAUUGCCCAAGUAUUGGAUACUAUAAUGGAUAAGUUAUUGAUCCUAUAGAAGGAAACUUAAACUAUUGUUUGUAAUGUGAUAAAUCUUGCUAAACAUGUGAUGGUAAAACUUCUUAAAAUUGUUUAUCUUGUUAAAAUUCUUAUUACUUUUUCUAAAAGCAAUGUAUGGCUUGUCCCGAAUAAUGCCUAAACUUGUUUCAAGUUAUAACCAGCUAAAACGUUUUGUGA